AUGACGCAACUCGGUGUCAAGGAGAACGAAAAACUUCGCCUGGAGCGCGAGCAGGAGCAGAAGAAGGCCAGCGUGCAGAGGGUUAACCAUGCUAUUCACCCCGAGGAGCCCUGCAACGAACGCGCGUCAGCGGCUGUGCCUUUGUCUCCGCCCACCCCGGCUCCUCCCCCUCCGCUCACAGCCCCCAUCUCCGUCAUUCCCAUCCCUGUGGUCGCCAGCCCCGCCCAGCAGGCAGCCCAGAGUGCCCUGCCCCCGCCUCUCAUCCCGCGCCACCAACCUCUUGUGGCCCCCCCGGGCCUCAGCAAGGAGGCAGCCCUGGUGGCACCCGUGAUCCAGAGAACGUCUGGCCCCCUCCUCCCCGACAUCAAAGCCCCCACGCCCCCUUCUGGGAGCCCCAAGCAGCUCCCCCACUACGCCGCGCCCGUCCUGGCCAUCUCCCAGCAUCACCUGGUCCAGCACCCCAUCCAGCCGCAGCCGCCCUCGCACCAGCCGCUGCAGCAGCAUCUGGUGGCCCCCCAGCCACUCGGCACUCUGAAGCUGGCUCCCUCGGAGGACGCCAAACCCAGCGAGCAGAAGAAGAGACCGGGCGGGGUUGGCACUCGGGAGGUCCAUAAUAAAUUGGAGAAGAACAGACGCGCCCACUUGAAAGAAUGCUUUGAGACCCUGAAACGCAACAUCCCCAACAUCGAUGACAAGAAAACCUCUAACCUCAGCGUCCUAAGGAGUGCCUUGAGAUAUAUCCAGACCUUGAAGCGCAAAGAGAAGGAAUACGAGCACGAGAUGGAGCGCCUGGCCCGAGAGAAGAUCGCCACGCAGCAGCGGCUGGAGGAGCUGAAGCACGAGCUGAGCCAGUGGAUGGACAUCAUGGAGAUCGAGCGCAUCAUCCGGCAGACAGUCCAGCCGGAGGACGACCAAGCGUCCACCUCGACCGCUUCAGAGGGCGAAGACAACAUAGAUGAGGACAUGGAAGACGACCGGCUGGUGAAUUCGUUGCCGAAGCUCACCCAUUGCCAGCACCCUGAGCUCUUGAAGCCUCUGCCUCCGAACGCCGCUUCCUACCACCCGUCGGUGCUGCCUCUCCCCCAGAAGCACACCCCGCCCCACACGCAGCCCCCCCUCCAGCCUCAAGCACUGGUCCAGCCCCAGGCCAUCGUCCCCGCACAGACUCACCUGGUGGCCGCAUCCACGGUGCAAUCGACUGUUAUUGCGCACACGGCCACCACCCACGCCUCCGUCAUCCAGACUGUCAACCACGUCAUUCAGGGCCCCCAGCCCAAGCACAUUGCUCAUAUUGCACCGUCCACCUCCAGCCCAGUCCAGCUGCCCACCACGGCUCAGCCCAUCGGCCACAUCACUGUGCACCCGGCCACCCUCAACCACGUGGCCCACCUGGGCCAGCAGCUCCCCAUUUACCCACAGCCUGUGGCGGUCAGCCAGCCCGUGGUCAGCCACAUCGCUCACACCAUCUCUCACCAGCAAGUGAACGGAACCACCAGCCUCGGCCAGCCGGCGGUCGUGGCCAAACCUGCCCUAGGAACCCAAGUGGUCCAUCACCAACAGUUGGUUGGGCAGACGGUCUUGAACCCGGUAACUAUGGUCACCAUGCCUUCUUUCCCCGUAAGCACGUUGAAGCUGGCCUGAGAGAGUGACGUGGAGCGCCCACCGAAACUCCGUACAUUCCAAGUGCGUCCCUGUUCCAGAGGAAGAG